AGUUCUGGUAGUGGUCGUCAGUCUGUCAUAUUGCACGGUUGCCAGUUGAACGUAUUGGAGUCGUAGUCGUCGUUGUCCAUAAUUCCAAAUCGAAGUCCUGUUUUCGUUUUUUUUUUUUCAACCAAAAAAGAAAAUUAUUUCCACAUUUUUUUACAUAUAAAAAUUAAUUUUAAUUUCGCCGGUUUGCUUUUGGCCGUUGCUGCUGUUGUGUACUGUCGUAAUUUGUUAUUUUUUCGAAAGUUCAGUGGACUUUUUCGGCGUUGCUUUUUGUUAGCCAUAAAUACUCGGCAAGUCUCAAAGGAGUUGUAAAGAAUUUUACGUCUUUGGGUGUAGUUCUGUAAUUUACAAAUUUCGUUGUUGUUAAUAUACCAAAAUGUCGAGUUCAAUUUUUGCUGGUGUCGAACAGGGUCCGGCCAUUGAAGUGUUUGCCUUGAACCGUGCAUUCCAAGAGGAUACAAAUCCCAAAAAAGCCAAUCUUGGAGUAGGAGCUUACCGCACUAGUGAGGGUAAACCAUGGGUAUUGCCUGUGGUUCGCAAAACCGAAAUCAAAAUUGCCAGCGAUGAGUCAAUUAACCACGAAUAUUUACCCGUAUUAGGAGCGGAAGCAUUCACUAAGGCUGCCACUACCUUGCUUUUGGGUGAUGAUUCGCCAGCACUUAAGGAAAAUAAGGCCUUUGGUGUUCAAACUCUAUCGGGUACUGGUGCAUUGCGUGUUGGUGCUGAGUUCUUGCGCCGUCAAAUGAAUCGUAAAGUAUUCUAUUAUUCCGACCCAACAUGGGAGAAUCAUCACAAAGUCUUUAUGGAUUCUGGCUUUGAGCAUGCCAAUACCUAUCGUUAUUGGGAGCAGAGCAAACGGGUGCUUGACAUUGAUGGUAUGUUGGAAGAUCUAGAAAAGGCUCCUGCUGGUGGGGUCAUUAUUUUGCAUGCUUGUGCCCACAAUCCCACCGGCUGUGAUCCCACACAGGAACAAUGGGUGAAAAUAGCCGAUUUGAUGGAACGCAAAAAAUUGUUCCCCUUCUUUGACUCAGCCUAUCAGGGCUUUGCCAGUGGUGAUCCCGAUUAUGAUGCUUGGGCUGUGCGUUAUUUUGUAAAGCGUGGCUUUGAAAUUUUCUGCUCCCAAUCGUUUGCUAAAAAUUUCGGUUUGUACUGUGAGCGUGUGGGUAAUCUGACAAUUGUUUGCAAUACUACCGAACACAAAGCAGCUGUUCAGAGCCAAUUUACCCUGUUGAUACGUGGUAUGUACUCCAACCCUCCAGCCUAUGGUAGCCGUAUUGUUUCCACUGUUUUGAAUAAUGCCGACUUGAGAAAAGAAUGGAUGGAUUGCAUCAAAACAAUGUCCGGAAGAAUUAUUAAAAUGCGCCAAGCCUUAAGAAGCCGCUUGGAGGAAUUGAAGACUCCGGGUACUUGGAAUCAUAUUACCCAGCAAAUAGGCAUGUUCUCCUAUACCGGACUCAAUGAAAAGCAAGUGCGCAUUUUGAUCGAUGAAUACCACAUUUAUCUUCUGAAAACUGGUCGCAUCAAUAUGUGUGGUCUGAAUGAGAACAAUGUGAAUUAUGUGGCAGAGGCCAUUAAUGCAGCCGUUAACAGGGUUGGCAGUCAGCUGUAAAGAAGCAAAAAACAAAAUCCAAUUAUGUUUAAUUUUUAUAGCUUGUUAAGUUUUCCGUGGAGGAGCAAAAGAACAAAACUAUUUGGUAAAGCAACAGAAAAUGAGACAGUAGUUAGAAAUGCUCUUGACCCUCGUUUUUAGGUUUCAUUUUCAGGAUCUUAAGGAUCUAUGUAAGAUCCUUACAUAGAUCUCUUGACCCCAUUUUAAGGUUUCAUUUUCAGGAUCUAUGCAACUUUUUAGGGACAUUUGAUAAUAAAAUUUAUUGUGCGUAAAUGCGUCAUCACAAGCAACCAACAUCCUCGCAUAUAAAAAAAAAACACUCAAACAAACAACACUAAACUGUAAUUAAAAAUGAAUCAAUGUUAUAAACACUUUCCUUAAUUAAAAUAAAUAAAAACACCCUCCUCUGUUAACGGAA